AAAAAAAAGAAUGAUAAUAUCAAAACCGUAAGUCAACUCUCACUCCUCUCUCACCCGACCCACCCCCAUCGGCGCCCAUCCCCACGCAUCCCCGACCGGCGCUGCCUCAGCAGGUCGCAGCAGCAGCAGGAGGUCGCGCCACCAUCCCGACCGGCGCCGCCUCGAUCAGCCGCAGCAGUUCGCGCCACCAUCCCCGACCUUCUUACUCAGGGCAACUGAGGAAGCUCAACAUCUAAAAAAAUUGAUACAAGACUAUAAUGCUUCUUUCAUCAAAGUAGGAGAUUAGGUGUACCUUCUGGUGGGGAAUCUCGUAAGAGAGUCGAAACCUAGUGCUCCAAAUUUGUAGAUCUGACGGAAAUUGCUCCCAAAUUACUUCAUACUGAUCUCCUAGCUGGACAUAAGGACUUCAAUGCAUAUCUGGUUCUGCGAUUCUCACUUCUGAAUCUCAAAUUAAAAUGGCUUCAGCAGAAAACAAUGGUGCCUCUAGCCACCCCUCCAGUACCGGCGCCACCACGAAAACCACCGUUGUCGAUGGCAUAAACGCUGGCCUUAUUAUUUCAACCACCGAGACCAUACGUUUGUUUCUCGCCGGAGCUUCCGCAGGAGUUGAACUCUCCGAUGACCUGAAAGAACUCGCGUCUUCCCUUUCCGAUCAUCCCACGGUACCAUACAAACAUCUGAGGUCGGUUUGGAUUGGGUCUAACCCUGCAACACGACCUGAUCUGAUGGGCUUGUUAUCCGGAUCCAAUUUUGUCUUCUGCAGUCCAAAAUCUAGAGAAAAAAGCGAGGAACUCAAAGCUCGGUUGAGGAAACUAGAAGAAGCGUCUGAGAGGAAGGCGUAUGAUGAAUUGGUGAAGGAUAUUACUCCUAGGAAACCUGUGGAUGAACCUUUUUCCUCUUAUAAAGAUCAAAUGGGAUUUGGCUUACAUGUUGGUAUAGCAAUGUUUACUGGCUAUCUGAUGGGAUAUUUUGCAUUCAGGGCCUUAUUUAAUCACAGUCCAGCAAUGAGCGCUGCUGGAGGCAUUCUUGGAUUGGUCAUUGCCAUGCUUGUCGAGACACUUCUCUUUAUUAUCAGAACUUCGAGUUUAGAUAAAAAACCGGCUAGAAAAGCCACUUCGUUCACAACAACGCAGAAGAAGAAUCAGUAGGUUUCAUCACAAGAAGUUGAUUCUUUCUAUGUUUCCUUAGAAUAGGAAUAAAUAUUUUGGUAUUGAGCAUCUUAUUUAUUUCUCCUCCUGUGAAUUUUUAUUCUGUAAAAAUAUGUAUUCUUUGAUUUGUGUAGCUCACUAUAGGUUCGUUAUAAGAGAAUUAUUGCACUGGCAAUGCAAAAAUAUUUAUAAUUGGGAAGUUUGUCUUUGGCACUUGGAAUACAAAAGUUAAUUUUAUUGUCA